CUGUCUGUACCUAUGACUAGAAUUGUAAUUUUUGUUGAGCACCGUCACUUUAAGGCACAAAAGAUACCUAAAUGGAAACAGCAUAUGCAAAAACUGAGAGCUCUCUCAGUGAAGACUGCAUCAGUAAUUGGCAGUAUGGGGAUGUCAAAGCUGGAAGUCAAUUUGCAGCGACUGCUGUUGCACUGUGAUGAGCUAGCAAGGGAAGACAAGAAAGACUGGAGACUUGAUAAGUAUAUUUUAGCCCUUGAUGAGAUGAUUUCAAGUCUUCAGAAGUUGCCCAACAAACCAAAUAAGGACACCAUGGCUGAAUAUGUCAGAAGAGUUGUGUUCUUAAAGGGCAUAGCAGAAACCAAUAAACUGAAUAAUCCUGUGGAAAAAGUAGUCGCUGCACAGUUACUCCCACAUGGCACAGCAACAGCAUCAGAAACAAUAAUUAAAGAAAUCCAUCAAAAGACUACCUCUAAAUAUAAUAAAGAAUUGCGAGAACAGCUUUUACAAACAGAAAAAGGAACAGAUAGUGACAUCAGACAGAGAAAGCCAAAAACAUCUGGAAAAGAUUUGGACGAUUUGUUAAAAUUACAUCAUUCAAUGCAGGAGAAAAUUGCCGAAGACAUGAUCAGCUUGGCUCGAAAUUUGAAACAACAAUCCCAGGUUGCCAGUAGCAUUAUUAACAAGGAUAAUGAGGUAUUAAGCAAAUCAUCUACACAAACAGAUAAAAAUAUAACUAGAUUGAAAGCUGAAUCUGAAAGACUACAAGAAUUUAGUCGAAGAGCUUGGAAAUGCUGGCUUUGGCUCAUGGUAGCAGUGGCAGUGAUGAUAUUCUUUGGUAUGUUACUGUUUAUAAGGGUAACAAAGAAAUGAAAAGUGGAAAAUAGAAUCAACAAUGCCAUGAAAAAUUGUAUGUUUUGUAUUUAUAUUUUAUGUUAAAAUACUUUAUAAUAAAGGUUGAUGCUGUU